AUGGAGUGUAAAAGGAAGGGGCGAGCUGGAGUUAGGUUGUACUAUAUGCAUGACGAGGAGAUACUGGGCAAGCGGGAGGGUGAACCUAUACAACCUAAAGAGCUAGGUUGUGCUACAUGUGAGAAGCGAGAUCUUAGGCACUUGGGCAAUUGGCAAGGUCGAAGGUGGGUGGGUCGGCAUGAGCUUGUGAGGAGACGAGGUGAUGGAGGGGGCUGUGAUAUGGGCAUGGCUAUUACAAGAGAAAAGAAGCUAGAGCUUGGGUGUUGUGAGAGAGAAAGAGCUGGAUGCCGCGAGGAAGAGGGUGUGGGAGAGGAAAGUGGAGAUGAAGGCUUUUGGUUGAUGAUGGAUAUAGGGGAUGAAGAUGAGUGCUUGUAG